AUGAGGACUCGAAAGUGUUGCCCACUUGACUCCUCCAGGGAGGCACACGCCGCCCUGCCGCCACACUUUGUAGCACUCACCGAACCGAAUCGCUGGGCCGACAGUCGACUGGCUUGUCUGUCGGUUAGCCAUGAUCUGACCGUCGGUCUGUUUCAGAGCCGGACUGCACCUCCUCACGCCACAGGUCGCAUUCUUUAUGCCCCAGGCGUUUGUACCUACGUCUCUGCGUUUGUGCACGUAGUCCCGAGGCCGGAGCGAACUUUCAUGACCUUGAGACUGUCGGCGCUACCAGACGCUACUCCACGCCCCUCGUGUACAUGUGCACAACGCAGUGUGCGUUGCUUUUUAAAUGUAUCUACUGUGUGCUGUUGA